CUUCUCAUCGGCGUUCUUAGGGGACGCGGAGCUGACGAACGAGUCUGACUGUACCAGCCAUGUCUCGAUCGCCUUCUCCAGCGUCCUCUUUGGAUUUCUAUCAAUCCGAUGCGUCUUCUGAAGAGGAAUACAGGCCCCGACGCAGGACAGCUGAUAAACGAGGAGGGGGAUCAGGUGGUAGUGCAACGGCCGCAGCGUCAGCCUGGACAGCUCCCAAGACUUCGGGGACCACCAAGAUUCGCAUCAAUCUUGGUGCUCUGAGAAACGCCCAAGCUGCUGCUGCUGCUCACCCGGCUGAAGGAGAGAUCGAUGAGGAUGUGGAAGAGAUUGAGGGAUCUAGGAUCGUAGAUCUGUCAGAUCAAGGACUGGUAAAAGACCAUCACAUUCGACCUUUAUGGGUCGACGACGAUGGCAACAUCAUCCUUGAGGCUUUUGCCACGCUAGCGUCGAGAGCACAAGACUUCUUGAUCGCCAUUGCGGAACCGGUCUCGAGGCCUUCUCUCAUCCACGAGUACCGCAUUACCAAGCCUUCUCUUCAUGCCGCCAUGUCUGUCGGGCUAGAGACGAGAGACAUCAUUCAGGUUCUCAGUAGAUUAUCCAAGAUCCCCUUGUCGCCCAAGCUUGAGAGGAGGAUCAUCAAUUGGACAUCGUCAUAUGGAAAGAUCCGGCUCGUGCUCCACAAAAACAAGUACUAUCUCGAAUCGACUGAUCCAGAGUUCUUGCAGCCAUUGGUCUCCGACUCCGUCAUUGCUUCAUGCGGAGUUGAAAAGCUCGGGGAUGCGGGUCAGCAAAUUACAGGAUUGGAUGCUUUGGAGGAGGCUACAAUGGCGAGAGGAGAAGCCUUGUUUGAGGGCAGACAGCCCGGUGAGGGAGAGCAGGAUGGAGUGAGGGACGAUGUGAUCGGUGCGGUAAUCGGUAUUCAUCGAACCGAUGAAUUGGACGACGAAAAGUCGUUUCGGUUUCAGGUGGAAGCAGACAAGAUGGAAGUCGUUCGACGUCGAGCCAAGGAGAUGGACUUCCCUGCAUUGGAGGAGUAUGACUUCAGAAACGACACGACCAAUGCAAACUUGGACAUUCAGCUCAAGCCUAUGACUGUGAUCAGACCGUACCAAGAGACGUCACUCGCCAAGAUGUUUGGAAACGGACGUGCGAGGUCUGGUAUCAUCGUUCUCCCAUGCGGUGCGGGUAAGACUCUGGUCGGUAUCACUGCAGCAUGUACAAUCAAGAAGAGCACGCUGGUAUUGUGCACGUCGGCGGUAUCCGUGGCACAGUGGAAACAACAGUUCCUGCACUUCUCAAAUGUAUCGGAACGCCAGAUUUGCGCAUUCACGCAGUCGGAGAAGGAGAUGUUCACCGGCCCCGCCGGCAUUGUCAUCUCGACUUACCCCAUGAUUGCACACACUGGCAAAAGAGCACACGAUGCCGAGAAGAUGAUGCAGUUCUUGAGAUCCCGAGAAUGGGGUUUCUUGCUGCUCGAUGAAGUUCACGUCGUGCCUGCCAACAUGUUCCGAAAGUGUCUUAAUGGUUUCAAAGUCCACGCGAAGCUGGGGCUGACAGCGACUUUGGUCAGAGAAGACGACAAGAUCGGUGAUCUUGGCUAUUUGAUCGGACCGAAGCUGUACGAAGCCAAUUGGAUGGACUUGGCGAAAAACGGACACAUCGCAACUGUCCAAUGCGCCGAGGUUUGGUGCCCCAUGACGCCCGAAUUCUAUCGAGAAUACCUCAGAACAGCCUCACGCAAGAGAAUCUUGCUACACGCUAUGAACCCAAACAAAAUUCAAGCAUGUCAAUUUUUGAUCAAUUAUCAUGAGAGUCGAGGUGACAAGGUGAUCGUGUUCUCGGACAACGUGUAUGCCCUCGAGGCCUAUGCGAAAAAACUCGGCAAAUCCUUCAUUCACGGAGGAACCGCCGAGGGCGAGCGAUUGCGCAUCCUGUCCCGUUUCCAACACGACCCUCAGCUCAACACUAUCUUCUUGUCGAAAGUCGGGGAUACAUCUAUCGAUUUGCCUGAAGCUACUUGCCUCAUCCAAAUAUCGUCUCACUUUGGGUCUCGUCGACAAGAAGCUCAACGUCUGGGCAGAAUUCUCAGAGCGAAACGACGAAACGACGAAGGAUUCAAUGCUUUUUUCUACUCUCUCGUAUCCAAAGAUACGCAAGAGAUGUACUACUCGUCAAAGCGUCAAGGCUUUCUCAUCGACCAGGGCUACGCGUUCAAAGUCAUCACCGAGCUCCAUGGCAUAGAUACUAUGCCAGACCUGGUCUUCCCCACCAAGGCAUCCCAGAUUUCUCUCCUUGAAGAGGUCCUGAAUGCUGGUGACAAUGCCGCGGAAACUCAGGAUCAUUAUAUGAAAUUGAAUCACGGUCGACACCAGCGUGGGCCUAGGUCUGCACAGCCGGAGCAGUCCACCUCGGCAGGUAUGGUCCCGGCUGCCUCGAGAUUCACCGCGCCGCUGGAGCACUUGUCAGGUGGCCAGAAUCUGAGUUAUGUGGAGAGGAACAAGAGCGUGAACAAAGAGCUCAGUCGAGAAGACCGAGCGAGUAAGAAGCAAAAAGUCAAUGGCGUGUCAGGGUCAGGUCCGGGCCUGAUUCAAAAGAUGAGAACCAAAGACGCCGCAGCUAGGAAGAGGGCUGGAGGACAGUAAUGGACUAUCAUUGUAGAGGCUAGCGCCGCUGAACGUAAAUCGUAGUCGGCAACAUGUAUCAUAAUUCUGCC